AAAGUGAAGAAGCGAAAGAGAGAAGAAGAAGAGGAAGAAGAAGUUCGGAUGGGAGUUGAUUACUACAAGGUCCUACAAGUCGAUCGCAGCGCCAGCGACGACGAUCUCAAGAAAGCUUACAGAAAACUCGCCAUGAAAUGGCAUCCUGACAAAAACCCCAAUAACAAAAAAGACGCUGAGGCCAAGUUCAAGCAGAUCUCCGAAGCUUACGAGGUUCUAAGCGAUCCUCAGAAGAAAGCGGUAUACGACCAGUAUGGCGAGGAAGGUCUGAAAGGGAACGUGCCCCCUCCAGGCGGUGCUGGUGGAGCCACUUACUUCUCCACCGGAGACGGUCCAACGUCCUUCCGCUUCAACCCUAGAAAUGCAGACGACAUAUUUGCUGAGUUCUUCGGCUUCUCUAGCCCAUUUGGUGGCGCUGGUGGAGGCAGGGGUGCAAGGUUCUCUAGCAGCAUGUUUGGUGAUGAUAAUAUAUUUGCCUCUUUCGGCGAAGGAGGAGCCGGUGGUGGUGGCGGCGGCUCAAUGCAUCACGGCGGAGUCAGGAAGGCGGCUCCUAUCGAGAACAAGUUGCCCUGCAGCCUUGAAGACCUUUACAAAGGAACCACCAAGAAGAUGAGGAUCUCCAGGGAGAUUGCUGAUGUCAGCGGAAAGACGAUGCAGGUGGAAGAGAUUCUAACCAUUGAUGUGAAGCCAGGGUGGAAGAAAGGCACUAAAAUCACAUUCCCGGAGAAAGGGAACGAGCAACCCGGUGUGACUCCGGCGGAUUUGGUCUUCAUCAUCGACGAGAAGCCUCACCCUGUUUUCUCUCGUGAAGGCAACGACCUGAUUGUCACACAGAAGAUCUCACUCGUUGAGGCCCUGACCGGAUACACCGUGAACCUCACAACACUUGAUGGUCGGAGACUGACAAUCCCGGUCAAUAGCGUGAUACACCCUGAGUACGAGGAAGUGGUUCCAAAAGAAGGGAUGCCGUUACAGAAAGAUCAGACCAAGAGAGGAAACUUGAGGAUCAAGUUCAACAUCAAGUUCCCCACAAGAUUAACCGCAGAGCAGAAGACAGGAGUCAAGAAGCUUCUCGGAUAA